AGGCAGCAGGGACACAGUAACCUGCAGGAGGACUCACAUGGUCCUGCAGCAGAGGAGCACUGACCACCGGGACACUCCAAACCUCUUAACGUCACAUUCAGUUCGGCUUAGUCUACUUUUUUUUUUUUUUUCUUCUUUUUUUCCAGAUAACGUGAACGUUACUCCUCCGUUUUUAUUUCAUUUGCUUCUCGCAUCCCUCCUCCCGCAGCCCAGUGUCGGUCGGACUUGGGCCGGUAAAGCAGCGCCAUGGCUCGGGAGAACGGAGACACCGGCAGAGGGGAGACGUGGAAAAAACAAGUCGACGACAUCAAGAAAUUUUUUGAUUUUAAAGAAGUCCUCGGCACAGGAGCGUUUUCCGAGGUGGUCCUGGCCCAGGAGAAGCUGACCGGACGGAUGUUUGCGGUGAAGUGCAUCCCUAAGAAGGCUCUGAAGGGGAAGGAGAGCAGCAUCGAGAACGAGAUCGCCGUGCUGAGGAAGAUCAAGCACGAGAACAUUGUGGCGCUGGAGGACAUCCACGAGAGCCCUGACCACCUCUACCUGAUCAUGCAGCUGGUGUCUGGCGGAGAGCUGUUUGACCGAAUCGUGGAAAAAGGUUUCUACACGGAGAAGGAUGCGAGCACGCUGAUCCGACAAGUCCUGGACGCUGUGAACUACCUGCACAAGAUGGGCAUUGUACACCGAGACCUGAAGCCUGAGAACUUGCUGUAUUUUAAUCCCCAAGACGAGUCAAAGAUCAUGAUCAGCGACUUUGGUCUUUCCAAGAUGGAGGGCAGCGGUGAUGUCAUGUCCACUGCCUGCGGCACGCCGGGAUAUGUGGCUCCAGAGGUUCUUGCCCAGAAGCCGUACAGUAAGGCGGUGGACUGCUGGUCCAUUGGAGUGAUUGCCUACAUCCUGCUGUGUGGUUACCCUCCGUUCUACGAUGAAAACGACUCCAAGCUGUUCGAACAGAUCCUGAAAGCCGACUACGAGUUUGACGCACCCUACUGGGACGACAUAUCAGACUCAGCCAAGGAUUUCAUUGGCAGUCUGAUGGAGAAAGAUCCAGCCAAGCGUUUCACCUGCGAUCAGGCACUCAGACACCCCUGGAUCGCCGGGGAUACGGCACUCUGCAAGAACAUCCAUGAGUCAGUCAGCCGACAGAUCAAAAAGAACUUCGCCAAGAGCAAAUGGAGGCAAGCGUUCAAUGCCACCGCCGUGGUUCGGCACAUGAGGCGGCUGCAACUUGGCAGCAGCAUGGGGAGCAGCGUGGACGCCUCUAACCCACCGACCAGGCCGAGCCAGACGCAGAGGCCGGCCCAGAGCCAGAGCCAGAGCCAGGCGGGCCAGAACCAGCCAGCUCAGAGCCAAAACACCGGCCAGGCGGCGCAGAGCCAGAGCGCCAACACAGCCGCCAGCAAAAGCUCUUCCAUAGACAACAACAUAGCAGCUCCCCGCAAGGAAUGUGCAGCUGCACCGGCCACGCCCUGCAGUCUGGCGUCUGCAGCCUCUUCUCCCGCCGCCGGGGCAGAGCUGAACCGGCCACAUCCCUCCGCGCCCGCCGCCCCGGUGCUCACGGAGACCAAGUGACGCCAGGUCCCGCGGGGAACCAGCUGGGAGGCCACGGCGCUGUGAGGCAGAGAGACGGAAAGAGACGGAGAAUGACAGGAGAAGAAGAGGAUCCCCCAAUCCCCCCCUUACCCUCUUCUUCUUCGUUCCUCCAUCUCCUCACUGCAUUUCUACUUGGAUGCGCUCACCCCCCUCCCCACACCCCCCAGCAAGUACCCCUCCCUGCUCCCGGGAGAGCAGAGGACUGUUACCACUGCCCCACCGAUUCAAGCCACACAGCGCCGUACUGUACGCUCGCCCGCCAAUCACCAACCCACCCACCGGGACUCUUCGUUGAGGAAGUUUGUACGGCCGGCUGUGAUUGGUUGCUGUCUAAUGACGAAUGGGGGCGUCGACUGCUGCGAGCUCGAGCAGUUAAUUGGUGGUUGACGGUGGGGCCGGUGGUAUCAUAUUAUUCAAUGUCAGUCAACAUCAACUUCCCUCUUGUAUCUGGUCUUUCCUUCGACACUUUAUUUAGCUUUUUUUUUUUUCUUCUAAAUUAGGUUUGACUGUUGACAAUUGGAUUUUUUUGUUUUUGUUUUUGUUUUUAUUAUUACGGUUAAUGUUAAAGGUGGUAUGUGUAACUUUUAAAAAGCCAACCCAUUUUUGUCAAUUUGAUAGUGCUACUUUGGUAUAAUUACUGGAAAUAAUCACGACCAUCGCAGGGACGAUUAGUCACGUCCAGCAGAUUACCUCCAAAUCUGACCUGGUGACAGAGGCUGAUAGGUCUUCUUAGGGAUGAUGUGAUUAGUUUGCGCUAAUUGUACUAAUGUAGCAAACUAACGUGACGAUGAUGUCAUGUGAAAACGCAACAUAUUGCACCUUUGAGACCUUUUAUUUGAUGUCCUCAUGGGCUUGUUUGUCUGUAUGUGCUUUAAUAAGUGCUUUAAAAGUACCAUACGACUGUUGAGAUGGGGAAACGUGACUAAGCGCUUUAUGUAUUUUGCACAAAGAGGGUCAGAUAUGUUCUCAGACACAGAUUAGCCGCCAUCCAUCUAUGUUUAUCAGAGUAGAGAUUGUAAAUCUUUAUAUAUAUAUAAAAAAACAAAAGAAAUAAUAACCCAGAGUGGAUGUUAGAGCAUUGUACAGCUUCUGUUUAUUGCCUGAAGGAUUCUGAUCUGUUUUAUUAUUUUCUUACUUUAUAAGACUUUUGUAACAAUCACCCUUUAAGGGACACACACACAGGUUACUAAGGAACAUGCAGCAGGUUUAGAAUAGGAUAGGAUAGAGGUAUUUGCUGGAAACUGCCUCCAGUUGAGAAUGUUAGCGACUACACGAUAGCUUGGCGGUUGAUUUUCCUAAACUAAGGAGCCACAAGUAGCGGUGCAGUUUCAAGAUGGCUACAAGACAUGCUACAGAGCAUCUCCAGACACCAAACUGCUUCCCACAUGGGUCCUCAGAGUAUUUUUUUGCACCGUCAGGCUGCACCCAGUUCAGAAGUGCUCAGGGAAAAGUGUGGCUGCACUGUGAGCUGGUGAAUACCGAUUUUUCCUGGUUUAGGUUGUUCCGUCAGUGUUUUUUGGUCCAGGUGUCGUGGCAUCACAGUUAAUGAUCCAGAGCUCACGGCGUUAGCUGCGUCCCCAUUGCAGUGUUGUAGUGACUUCUGACUUGAAAAUUGAAAACUCACACUUGGGCCCAGAUUAUUCCAUCGAGGACUCCAAGGUUGUUUUUGUUUUUUUACUCGAUCAUCUUUCAGAACUUGUUCCUCAAUUUUUUUGGGCUAUUCUGUAUUUUGUUGACGCAAUCCCCAACCCUGGAACAGCGCGUCAAAGCUCUUUGCUUGACGGGAUUCAGACGGAAGCGCCAAAGCUACAUGUUCUUGCUGUAUUCGGGGAUCCCUUCCUUUAUCAGUCCUUCCAGAAAUCCUUUUUGUGAUUAUUGCGGGUAAAAAUCCUUGAUUAUG